AUUCGACUGUUGCUUCUCUACAGAAACCAUGGAACAAUUUGAAUACAAGAAUUAUCUGGACAACAUUGUUUUGCAACUUCGUGAGCAGUUUGUAGAUUCUUCAUUGAUGGUAUUUAACUUCAGAGAUGAAGGAAAAAGUCUGGUUUCAGGCUUGUUCUCCCUUUACGGUAUCACAGUUAAAGACUAUCCCUGCCAGUACCUAGGAUGCCCAUUGCUUCCUUUGGAGAUGGUCCUCCACUUCCUAAGGUUGAGCGAGAGGUGGCUUAUGCUGGAAGGGCAGCAAAACUUUCUACUCAUGCAUUGUGAGAAAGGCGGUUGGCCGGUUUUGGCAUUUAUGCUUGCAGGUCUCCUUCUAUAUAUGAAGCAGUAUAAUGGGGAAGAAAGAACUCUAGUCAUGGUUUAUAAGCAAGCGCCAAAGGAACUUCUUCAGAUGUUAACAACACUAAAUCCACAACCUUCCCAUCUUCGGUAUCUACAGUACAUAUGCAAAAUGGAUGAUGAGCUUGAAUGGCCUAUACAACCAAUUCCUUUUACUUUGGAUUGUGUAAUUCUUAGGGAAGUACCCAAUUUUGAUGGUGUAGGUGGUUGUAGGCCAAUAGUUCGUGUAUAUGGGCAGGAUUUUCUAACUGUUGAUAAAAGAUGCAAUGUUAUGUUGCCACCAUCAAAGCCUAGGAAACACGCUAGGCGUUACAAACAGGCAGACAAUAUAUCAGUGAAGUUAAAUGUUGGAUCCUGCGUGCAAGGAGAUGUUGUCCUUGAAUGCUUGCAUAUUGAUGAUAGCCUAGAAGAUGAAAGGUUGAUGUUUCGGGUGAUGUUCAAUACCUAUUUUAUCCAAUCUCACAUUCUACCGUUGAACUUUGAAAACAUUGAUGUGUCAUGGGAUGCUGAACAACGGUUCACAAAAAAAUUCAAGGCAGAGGUACUCUUUUCAGAGUUUGAUGGUGAGUCUGAUGCAUCCAUAGAAGUUGCAUCUGACUAUGAUGACGAGGUGGAAGUUGGCUCUAUCGACGUGUUCUUUGAAGCAAGUGUUCUCCACGUGCUGAACUAA